UUUCCUCUCGGCGGGACGCGAUAUGAGUGCCCAUGAUUGCGGCUGUGGAUGUGAAUUCGAGUUUGACCCACUGGUUUUGAGUGCAGGGAGUAUGUAAGACAACCCGAUGUUUGCCAUGCCAUUUGCCUUUGUUUUCCCCGCCGCGAUUGUCUGCCAUGUUUUCGUUUUCCAUCACCAGCAGUGAUUGCAGGUGGAAAACAAUUGAACAAUUAUUGCUCUUGUCGCGCGAUGUUGCUGCCGUGCAAUCGCUGCUGCCGAUGUUGCUGCUGUUGCUGUUGCUGCUGUUGCUGCUGCUGCUGCUGUGCAGGUGCCACAAUUCUUGGCACGCAAUUUACUAAAAAAAACCUACGAAACAUUACGAACAAAUUAAAUAAAUCCAAAACCAAAACCAAAACAAUGGCCAAGUGAUGAUAAUCCACGGGGCGUGGCUGGAGCAUCGAGUUAAUCGGAAAAAUCGGGUCAAGAGGUUGCCCCCACUGUGUGUGGGACUUGGUCAACAAAAACGCCACGAAAAUAAUAAUAAAUAAUAAAAUCCGAGUGAAAACGAAACAGCAAAUGAUGGCUGACAUUGCAGCAACUGCCAUUGGCAACGGGAGCAGUUUCCUGGAGGUCUCGCUGCGCUAUUUCGACGAGCAGCUGCUCCUGGACAUCCUGCCACGCGCCACAUGUCCUGGCGAAAAUGUGACCCCUCCGAUGGACGAGUUCGCCGACCUGUUUACGGUGGAACAGCUCCGCCAGGGCUGGGUGGUGCUGCACGUCUUCGCCGCGGUCUACUUCUUCAUCCUGCUGGCCAUCAUCUGCAACGACUACUUCCUGCCGACGGUGGAGUGCAUCUGCGAGGACCUGCACCUGUCGAAGGACGUGGCGGCGGCCACGUUCAUGGCCACGGCCACAUCGAUGCCCGAGUUCUUCACGAACACCAUCAGCACGCUGAUCCUGGAGUCCGACAUGGGACUGGGCACGAUCAUCGGAUCGCUGAUGUUCAACACACUGGGCGUGGCCGGAUUGGCCGCUCUGGCCAUCGAUAAGCCGGUGCAGUUGGACUGGUGGCCAAUAGCCCGCGACUGCUUCAUCUACAUCUUCAACACGAUCAUUCUGCUGGUCUUGGCCUGGGGCGGAAGCAUUAGCUUCACGGAAUCCUGCAUCAUGAUGGGAUUCCUGGUGCUCUACUACCUGAUCACGUUCAACAACAACAAGUUCAUGCCCGCCAUUCGGGUGUUCAUCGAGGAUCGGAUGAACUGCUGCUUCUCCACGCGAUACGACCUAACGGAGCCCCCAGAGAACAGUGCCAAGGCUCAGUUGCCGCUGAAGAAGGACCCACUCUCCGGCGAUGGCCUCUUUGUGGUCAAUCUGCCCGAGAACACCUCGUCCAUGUCCUCCACUGCCAACCUAACGCACUCCAAGCACUGGAACGGAGAGGAUGACGACGAGGACAGUACGCCCAAGAGCAUAUACGUCUACCCGAGGAACGCCUCCGGAUGGACGAAGUUCUGGUGGAUCUUCGUCUUCCCGAUCAAGUUCUCGCUAUCCCUGCUCAUCCCGCACCCGCUGAAGCACCGCCGCCUGUACCCGUUGUCCUUCAUCAUGUGCAUCCUGUGCAUCGGCGGCAAUGCCUACCUGAUCGUCUGGAUGCUGACUGCCUUCGGUGUGGCCAUCCAUGUGCCCACCAUUGUGAUGGGUCUGACAUUCCUGGCCGCCGGGUCCACCAUGCCGGAAGCCGUCUCCAGUCUCAUUUCGCUGAGAAAUGGUGAAAGUGGCAUUGGAGUUUCGAACUCGCUGGGCGCCAAUUCGCUGGCCAUCCUGUUGUCCCUGGGCGUUCCUUGGUUCGUGAAGAACUGCAUCAACUACGGCACCGGGGAGCCCCAGCAGGUCGGCACCCAGGGCAUCGAGUACAACAUCCUGAUCCUGAUCAUCUCUACGGUGGCGCUGUUCGUCAUCCUAAGCUUCAGUGGCUAUCGCCUCACCAAGCGCGUGGGCGUGGCCCUCUUCACCGUCUACGGUGUGUUCAUCGUCCUGCAGAUCCUCAUCGAGAUGAAUGUCUUCUUCCCCAGAGACUGCAGUAGCUAGUGUACCGGGAGAGAACCGAGAGAAAUCCUGGUGCUGGCACCAGGAGACUAUCAUCGCCGCAAAACCACCACAUUGCAACUACUUUUCGGUUAGUACUGGAUCUGGAUCUGGAUAUGGAUCUGGUUAACUAAAAUGAUAGGCACAAGA